GGCUUGCGGAUCCCGGCUGCCUUCUACCGUGGCCCGGGAUGCUGCCGUGGAGGAGGAGGAGGAGGUGGUGCCGUGGCCCCGAGCCCGGCAUGGCGCGGCUCUGGGGCUUUUGCGGGCUGCUCGUCCUGGGCUUGUGGAGGGGCGUCCGGGCCUGCCCCGCGCCCUGCAUCUGCAGCGCCACCCGGAUCGCCUGCGGCGACGCCUCCCCGGGCUUGGUGGCGUUCCCCAGGCUGGAGCCCAGCACCGCCGACCUGGAGAACAUCACCGAAAUAUACAUUGCGAACCAGCGGAUGUUGCAAGUCAUCAAUGCUGAAGACCUUGAAGGUUAUGUGGGACUGAAAAAUCUAACCGUGGUGGAGUCGGGGCUAACAUUUAUUGCACGUCAGGCAUUUCUGAAAACCCCCAAUCUGCAGUACAUCAAUUUCACCAGGAACAAACUGACAAGUUUGUCUCGGAAGCAUUUUGGACACCUCAACUUGUUUGCGCUGACUCUAGCGGGCAAUCCAUUCAAGUGCUCCUGCGACAUUAUGUGGAUCAAGGUAUUCCAGGAGACCAGGUCCAAGAAAGGAAGUCAGGAUUUGUUCUGCAUCAAUGAGAGCAACAAGAAGAUCGCCCUGUCAGACAUGCUGAUCCCAAACUGCGGCUUGCCAUCGGCAAAUUUGAUCACACACAACCUGACCGUUGAAGAAGGAAGGAGUCUCACGUUGUAUUGUAACACGUCAGGAGUUCCAGCUCCUGAUAUUUCCUGGGAUUUAAAUAAUCUGGUCUCCAAACAUGUGGUGGACACAAGUAAGAAACUGUCCUCCUUAAGCAUAACCGGUAUUUCGCCCGAUGACAGCGGAAAGCAAAUUACUUGUGUGGCGGAAAAUAUUGUGGGAAGAGAGCAGGAUUCUGUCAACCUCACGGUGCAUUUUGCGCCAACGAUCACAUUUCUCGAACCUCCAACCUCAGACCACCACUGGUGCAUUCCAUUCACUGUGAAAGGCAACCCCAAGCCGACGCUCCAGUGGUUCCACCAAGGGGCGAUCCUGAACGAGUCUAAGUAUAUCUGCACCAAAAUCCAUGUCACCAACCACACCGAAUACCAUGGCUGCCUUCAGCUGGACAACCCCACUCAUGUAAACAAUGGCGCCUAUACCCUGAUGGCCAAGAACGAGUAUGGAAAAGAUGAGAAACGGGUGGACGCUCAUUUCAUGGGCCGUCCUGUUGACGGUACAGACCCAAUUUACGACUCUGGCCUUUAUGGUAUCUAUGAGUAUGAGACCACAUCUAAUGAUAUUGGGGACACUACAAAUAUAAGUAAUCAAAUCACUUCCACGGAUGUGUCCAACAAAGAGAAUGAAGAUAGUAUCACAGUGUAUGUGGUGGUGGGAAUUGCAGCCUUGGUGUGCACUGGCCUGGUGAUAAUGCUGAUUAUUCUCAAGUUUGGAAGACAUUCCAAGUUUGGCAUGAAAGGUCCUUCUUCAGUCAUCAGCAACGAUGACGACUCGGCCAGCCCGCUCCAUCACAUCUCUAACGGAAGCAACACCCCUUCCUCCUCCGAAGGUGGCCCAGAUGCAGUCAUCAUCGGCAUGACCAAGAUCCCCGUCAUUGAAAAUCCCCAAUACUUUGGCAUCACCAACAGUCAGCUCAAGCCGGACACGUGUAAGUCCAGAUCUUUGCAGCGAAACUCUUUCCAGACGCAUUUGCCCACCACCACUACCACGAGCGAAGACAGUAACAACAACCAAGAAAGUCGCAAGGAACUUAGUUUCUUUUUUCCAGUUGUUCAGCACAUCAAGCGACAUAAUAUUGUUCUGAAAAGGGAACUGGGAGAAGGAGCCUUUGGGAAAGUUUUCCUGGCGGAGUGCUAUAACCUCUGUCCCGAUCACGACAAGAUCUUGGUGGCCGUGAAGACCCUGAAGGAUGCCAGCGACAACGCCCGGAAGGAUUUCCACCGAGAAGCCGAACUGCUGACGAACCUCCAGCACGAGCACAUCGUGAAGUUCUUCGGAGUCUGUGUGGAAGGGGAUCCUCUCAUCAUGGUCUUCGAGUACAUGAAGCAUGGAGAUCUCAACAAAUUCCUCAGGGCUCACGGACCAGAUGCGGGGCUGAUGGCGGAAGGCAACCGUCCCGUGGAGCUGACCCAAUCCCAGAUGUUGCACAUCGCCGAGCAGAUUGCCGCUGGCAUGGUCUACCUGGCAUCUCAGCACUUCGUGCACCGUGACCUUGCCACCCGGAACUGCCUGGUCGGAGAGAAUCUCCUGGUGAAAAUUGGCGACUUCGGAAUGUCCCGAGACGUGUACAGCACCGAUUACUAUAGGGUCGGAGGUCACACGAUGCUGCCUAUCCGCUGGAUGCCCCCAGAGAGCAUCAUGUAUAGGAAGUUUACCACAGAAAGUGACGUCUGGAGCUUGGGGGUCGUGUUAUGGGAGAUCUUCACGUAUGGCAAACAACCGUGGUACCAGCUCUCAAACAACGAGGUGAUCGAGUGCAUCACUCAGGGCCGGGUCCUGCAGCGACCUCGCACGUGCCCGAAGGAGGUCUACGAUCUGAUGCUGGGGUGCUGGCAGCGGGAGCCCCACAUGAGGCUCAACAUCAAAGACAUCCACUCCCUCCUUCAGAACUUGGCCAAGGCUUCUCCGGUCUACCUGGAUAUUCUGGGCUAGAGCCCUCCGCCCCAUCCCCUCCCCCCAUCCCCUCCCUCUCCCCAACCCCUUCCCCGCAGCCGCGAGGAUGGGCCAAGGGAACCAAUGUGUUUUAACUGCCGCUGGACUCCAUCAAAAUGUGUUCUUAACUCUGACAGUAUUAAUGACAAAGAGGUGGAGAAGCUUUCAAAGGGCAAGCAGUGGGCUCUGCUCCACCUGUAGACAUAGUCACGACUUCUCCGACAUUACCAAGUCAUCUCAUUUCUUCUUUCUCUCUUUCCAUUCCCCUCGGGACUUUUGAUUUGGGUUUCUUCUCUCGAUCUCUCUCUCUCUCUUCCCCUCUCUCCCUCCCUCUCUUUCCCUUCCCCUUGCUUUUGACUCAAUCUGGCUUCUGCAUCAUUGUUAAUUCUGCAUAGACAAAGGCCUUAAAAAGCUGACCUGUUAUAUCAGCAGACAUUUUUGCCCGCCACAGAUAACAAUGCCUUGUUGUAUUCCUGCCUUUGACAUGGAUGAAAAAAAAAGGGAAAACAAAUCAUUGACUCAAACUUUGUGACUUCUGUUCUAUAGACACCAGGAGUUUCUAUGGAUCCAUCUCGAUUUCCGAUUCUUCUCGUUGACAUUUUUCUUUUUGGUGGCUUCAGCCUUGGGAUAGAGAAGGAAAGCCAACCUUCCGACUGGAAGCAGAUUUCAGUGGGAGACGAAGCCAGAGAGAACGAACACAGCGAUGCCACCCACAGUCCGGGGACCAAGGAGACCACGACGACCGAGUGACCCUCAACCCCACUUGGGAAAGUUUCACUACUGUGUGCUGGGGAAGGUUUGAGACGACGGGAGGGUUGAACUGUGCGCUGGGGACUCUCUCUUCGUAGGAAAGAAAGCGCUCUUUCUUGCCUCGCCCAAGGCACCAGUCAAGAUUAUGAGCGCAGACGCCCCCUUGCGUUGCCCGUACUGGUGUCGUAGCAAAAGCGUUUUCUGCCCGGCUCGGGGCAGAAACUUGGUGUAUCUGUGUACAGUGCUCAUUUCAGGCUCCAGCGGGAAGCUGAGAACCCGGAACGAAGGUAAGGGAGCCGGAAAGGUGGAGGCGAGUGGAUCUUAGAUUGUGCCCGUCACACCCUCUUCUUCUCCUCCCUCUCUCCCCUUCUCACUUGUGCCAGCAAAACGGUGCACGGUCUCGGUCAGUCGCUCCCCGUUCGGCCGGCCGGAAGAGCAGAUCCAGAAAGCGGGACUCGCGUCAUUAGGCGAAGCAGAGCGGAUACCCCCAAGGAGAGACUUCAUCGCAGGAGGUCUGUGAAGGUCCGUGGUAUCCCAGGGGGCCGAGCCCACCCCGGCUCUUUGCACUCGGCCGCCCCUACAGCUUCUGCUCUCGUCUUGCUUUGGUUUUCGUUCCCUCGCUUUCUGUUGCGGUGGACACGUGUGGCCCCGUUGGACGUUGCUGAGCUCCAUCUCACAGGGGAAAAGCCAGGGACCGGAAGUGAGACGAAAGAGGGGGUUGAAGAAACGAUCGCGAUGAUCCACGAUCAGAUGAAGAAAGAGAAUGCGAUCGGUUCUUCGAGAACAUUUGCCUCUCUCUCUGAGGGGGCCGUUGCUGCACAAAUGGACAUUUUUCUAAUGCGAGCCAGAUUGAAAAGACCUUGUUCUUAUUCAUCGUGUGUGUGUGUGCGUGUGCGCUUUUAUUUCAUACAUUGAGCAUUUUUCAUUUUGAAUGUCAUGUACUAGCUGGAUUCCUAUUUUGCUUGUAUGCAUUAUUUAUUCCAGCACUUGCUUUUCCAUUGCAGGCUUUCUAAGCCAAUUCUUAGAAAUUUAGAAAUUGGAAACAGUAACCGCAACAACAACAAAAAACUUUGGUGUAAUCUACAGGGCAGUGUCUGACAGCGUUGAGCUACGCUCUCUGUCGACGAACAACAAACGCUCCCAGAUAGGCAUAACGAUGUAACUAAAGCCAUAGAUUUCGUUAUUGACUCACUGUGGAACCACAUUAGAAGGAAGGUGAGGGAAGAUGAAUUCACAGCCUUCCUCCAAUUCCAUCUGGCUCGGGGGGGAACUCUCCCGGACCCCGGGGUCCACAUGGGACGAAGCGGAGUCGAGCCAUUUGGAGAAGCGAUGGUUCGGUUCGCUCUGAUGGAUGGCAGAGGCGUCAAGUGCCCGGCGGACCAGAUUUGAGAGGGAUGAGGACUCAGCUAAGAUGAGCAAGACCGAAGGGGCUUUGCAGAGCUCACCAAGAAGCCGUCUCCUCAGGAGGAAAAAAAUAAGUGUCCCUUCAACAUCCGAAAAGCACCUCGAAGUUGUGGGAUGAAGGACUCUCUGCAAGUGCAAAGUAUUUAUUGUUCGUCAUCAUUCUUACUCUUAUUUAUUAUUGUCGUUAUUGUUUCCAUGUUGAUGGAAAAGCGCUCCAGGUGUCCCAGACAGCAAAUCGUGUCUAUCUACUGUAUUGGACUUUCCCACGUGCUUAGUGACCUGCUCUGCACAGGGUAAGCGCUCAAUAAAUACCACGGAUUGAUCGAAACGAAACAGCCCAGCAACGGGGAGUCCCUGCAUGUGCCCCACGCAGAAGGGGCCGCCCCCUCCUCCCCCCACAACCCUCCCGGAUCAGGUCCACUUGUCCUUAGCCUCCCUGGCAAACUCACAGGCCAUCGCUCUGUGCCUUUCUCCUUCUCCUGGACGAGGGUUGGAAGACAGCUCAAAAGACCCUGCGUUUGGAAAACCAGAAAGCAGUUUGGCUCCACCCAGAAGCCCUUGGGCCCCCGUGAGGAAGACAGGGGCAGAGACCUCAAGUAGGGGAUAUGGAGCGGAUGAAACGCUUCCAACCACCCCCACCUCUGGGCUAGAUCCCGGCUCAAACUGGCUUCGGCCCGAGAGUGAUAAUCUGGCACCUAAGAGUGUGGUGCGGAUGCCGCCCCGUAGAAGGGGAGCCGGACCUUGGGCACCCGCAAGAGAAAAACCCAAGGAGAGUCGGAAGGUCUCGAGAGGCCGAGUAGAACGAGAAGACGUGCUUGUCGUCGCUUCAGCCGAGCCUUGGGGGAAGAUGAGCAGAUCUGACAAUUGGGCUUCUACACUCUCCUUUCUAGAUCGUGCUAAAAAUGAUUCUCUAUAUAAUAUACAUAGAUAUGUUUUCAUGUAUGCUCUACAUAUGGUAUUUACAGGUAUGUUUAUGUGUGUAAGUACUACUUGGUUUAUGCAUAUGCAGGCGUGUGUAUAUGUAUAAAAAAUAACAGGCGCACAUAUUCAUGCAGAUCAUUAUAAUUAGGGAGUGCGGUGUAGUUAAUAGGAUGAUCGAACCUGCGAAAUAACCCAUACUGGUUUCUCUUUGGUUUGUUCGUUUUGUUUUGUUUUCUUCCUUUCUCCAUGUCCAUAAGCUUAACUCUCCAACGGUGUGGAGUUCAGCCUGGGGGAGGGGGUGGGAAGGAAAUACUAGGAAAGCUGGCCGUGUUCAGAACAGCAUUCCCGGUAUGAAAGCCAUCCCACCGGUGCCAGCCCGGAUAACGAUUUCUCACAAGGAAAAGGCUGGAUUCAAACGGUCUCGGUGAAAACUUCCAGGAAGAGAACAUCGAUUUAGUAUUCUUUCGGCUCCAUAUCAUUGUUCUCCUUGUGUCCCAUUGUGGCACUUACACAACCUUGGAAUUCUGCUGGGGUUAGGGGGUGGGUAGGAGAGAACGGGACAGGAAGACUCGGAUGCAACACCCUGGGGGGAUAAUGGUGAGAACUGUGAGACUUCCCAGGAGGAGCACUUUCCCACAUUCCCUCUUCUCUCCCCCAUCCCCCGAGUUCUUCUGCAGCACACAGAAAAAUCACCACCACCCCCACCCCGGGAACUCUGCAGGCAAAGAAGCCGGGCACCCCCUUUUCCUGAACCAACAUCUUAUUUUCGGUUUGUAAACCAGUGCAGUCUAUAUCUAUCAUCUAUACUCCGAUAAGUAACGGUCAUUGCUCUCUUUCUUUUGUUUCCUUUCUGUGACAUAAGAAUCCUAGAACAGCCUAAAACCGGCAGCUUUUGCUCCGAGGCGAAAAAACAAAAAACAAAGAAAACCCACAAAAAACCAAAAAAACCUGACCAACUUACUGGUUGAAUAAGUUAGUGAGCGAUGAAUAUUUCUAAAGCAAAGACCGUUUCUGAGCUUGUGAAUGAAUUUCAAGUGUUCUAAAGGAUGGGGGGUGGGAGGGAGGGGGUUUCUACUUCUACUUCGAGAUGAAGGUUUUGAUAGCACAGGAAACCGUAUUUUCUAGGUGUCAGGCCUGGGAUGAAUCACUGCUGCUGUGGGUCCAGGAUUCAAUGAAGAGUCUCCGUUGCGUUGUUUUCUGUUGUCUGUGCACACUGGUUAUCUUUUUUUUUUCUUUCCGUUUUGCUCCAUUCCCCACAAAUACAAAGCAAAAAAAAAAGUCUACAUGUUGCAGGCAAAACACUGUGAAUUUCACAACAGCCACCAAGCAACUAUUUUGCCAUCUUCAACACAUGUCUCAGGAGAAGAAAUGGGAAAUGAUGGGAAUAUUAUUUUAUCGUCUAUGCAUUCCUGGCCAGGUCUAUGUUCAUUUGAAUUUGGGCUUUGCCACUGAAUAAGGUCCCGAAUGGAGACUGACCAAAAUGAAUAUGUAUCUUUAGAACCCAGAGUCCAUUGGGCAAAUAAGAGCUGCUAGUAGUCAAGUUGUCGGAGCGAAAA